ACCAGGAAACUGCUAAAGUUCCUGGGGAAGCAAAGUAGAAUUUUUCAUAAGAACAAAAUGGAUGGAGAGGAGAAAACCUAUGGUGGCUGUGAAGGACCCGAUGCCAUGUAUGUCAAAUUGAUAUCAUCUGAUGGCCAUGAAUUUAUUGUAAAAAGAGAACAUGCAUUAACAUCAGGCACAAUAAAAGCCAUGUUGAGUGGCCCAGGUCAAUUUGCUGAGAACGAAACCAAUGAGGUCAAUUUUAGAGAGAUACCUUCACAUGUGCUAUCAAAAGUAUGCAUGUAUUUUACGUACAAGGUUCGCUACACUAACAGCUCCACUGAGAUUCCUGAAUUCCCAAUUGCACCUGAAAUUGCACUAGAACUGCUGAUGGCUGCGAACUUCCUAGAUUGUUAAAUAAAAUAAAUUAUAAUAAAAAAAAA